GAGUCCAUGUAAACAUGCUGCAUGCUCUCUUGUAUUCUGUGUACAGCCUGGGGCAAGCCUCUGGAGACCUGUUCUGACUGCACUUAGUUCUUCCGGAGUAACAGUGCACUGCUGGGGCAAGUUGCCAUCUAGUUGGUGGUGGAAAGAUCUGUACCACAGUGGAGCUUUUCCAACUCCUAUUGUAUAUCAGUGCUACUCACUCAGAAGAACUCAAAGCUGUGUUCUUCACACUGACACAACCCUCAGUCACUGAAGUUCCCAGUCCAUGAUGAACCAGGGGGGUUGUGUUGAUCCCAGCCGGGCAGCUGAUCCCCACAGUGUGUUCACUUCCCUGCCACAGAGACGUGCAGCAGCUGAUUUGAGGAAGUACAAAAAACGGUGAGGGGGGUGUUCUCUCAGCCCCAUGAGCCUUCUUGUUGGCUUUUGCCAUCUGUUGGCCUGGGUACAAACAGAAGAGAGGGGGUAAAAAGCCUAAACAGGACCAGUCAUUUGUUGUUUUGUGGGGGAAAAAAAUCCAAAACACCCAAGAUGUACAAUUCUAGAAUGUGCUCAGUUACAAUAUAUCCUGGUUAGCAAAAAAAAAACCCAAACAACCUAAAAAUCGGAAUUUAAUUUGGGGGCGGGGGGAUAAAUGACACCUGUAAAAUCAAAUUACUCUCAUGAAGGUUAACAGUCAGCGUGCAACCCUUGCAAAUUGUUGUCCAACUAUGCUCCAGUCAAUGGUAGGGCCAUCACAGGUAGGAACAACAUACUGGGAGUUUGGGUAGGUCCAUGAUGAAAUGUCUAUUACCAGAAGGGAAGCAAUGGUAAAAAUUGUAACUUAUCAACAUGUCCAGCUGCACUGUAGAGGUACCUGGAGAAGAAUGUAUGGGUCAUGCCAUCACUUCUUUUGGUGGAUGUGGAGUUAGGUGUGCAGUUAGAUUUGACCUUCAAGACUAUCUUUUCUAACUGCAAGGUUUCUAUGAUUCUAAAAUUUGCUAUUUGAUUUGGUCACUUGAAUUAACUCAUCCUUUUACAGCCCAGACAUGCUGCAGCAAUUUAGGACUCCUUAAUUGCUUACUGAUUAGCUUCAUGUGCACAAGUAGUUGAGCAAGAGUUGCAUUCAUCAAAUAACCAAGGAGGUACGUGUUUGCUUAUGGACCAGGAGUUUUUACUGUGACACUUCUUGCUCACAGGUGUAUUUAUAGAACCCAGCCAUGCAGAUGGUUCAUUUCCUGACUGUGCUGUUGCUACAGCCAGGGCUGAUUUACACAGAUAUGCAUAAGCAGGGUUAAAAUACUACCAUAGUGCCUUGUCCCUAGGUUGUAUUUUAUAAAGCAGCAGGCUGUAUCUGUGGCUGUAGCAUGGCUACUUGAAGAACAUAAGGGUCGGUGCUGAUAGGUAUUGCAGUGGUUGCCUGUAAGCAGGGACGAUGACUCUUUCCCAAGCCACUGAUGGUGCUUUUUGUGUAUUUUUCAUUUGCCAGGUAACUUGGCUCUAAUUUUGCUGCAUGGAUAGUCUUGGAGCAGGGACACCUUUGCAGAUUACCUGUAGGGAAGGAGCAGAGGCUCUAGGCAGGGUGGAGGGCUGGUGGGGUAGAACACUGUGUAAGCAGCUGGGCUGGCUUGGUAAGGCACAGCUUAGUCACUUCCUUUGGGAAGCGUGUAGGAUGCACCUACCUCCUGUGUGGGAGCCCUGCCUGAGCCUCUUAAUGUUGGAGCAAAAUACUGAGGUGCCAUCUGCCUACUAGGAAUGGACCUUCUUGUGGACUGGGUUUGCUGGUCUGGCCUGUUCAUGGUAGGCAUAGCAGUGAACCUGGACUCUGUGCUGUCCGUGAAGAUCCCAAGAAAUGGUUAGACCUGCUAUGGGAGAUGAAACCAGACGCAGCAAAGCCUGGGGAACAAACAGUUCUCAGGAUGUUCCCACCUCACAGCUGCUCCUGAACCUCCUCCCAACAGUCACUUGGAUAUAGGUGGAGAACCUCAGCCUACUUUCAGCACAUCCCUGCGCUGCUGGGAAGCUGGACUUCGAAGAACAUUGCCGUCGCCUUCUUGCUCUUUUAUGGAUGUAACACUGUGUGUUCAUUGUCAUGAGGCUGGAGCCGUCCUUCAUCAGCUUGAAAGAAGAACGUCCCUGCUUGUCUGACAAGGUGCCGUGGCUUGUCCCUCAGAUUCCCCAGCUUAACAAGUCCUUACUCAUCCACUUGUUUGGAGGAUGGAUUUCAUGAGACCCCCUCCAAGCUGUGUGAGGAUAUUUCUUGGCUUGUGAAGGCAGGAGGGUAAGAGCUCCAGGUGACAGGGGCUCCCAGGGGUGUGCCUGAGCAGGGUUGGGUGCUCCACUCCUAUAGCAGAGCCCAGAGGCACCUGUACAAGACCGAGGCGUGUCGGGAAACCUGAUGCCUCACCUCUGCCAAUGUGGAGGCGGAGGGAGGAGGGCCAAAAGACAUGUCUCUUCACGCUCACAACAGCUGAAAACAGAGAAGGAAACUCGCUGGAGCCUUUUUUACCAGUGCAGGAGGCCUCGCGGUCGUGCUCUUACCCCAGAGACCCUCCCGUACUCCAGUACUCUGGGGGGGUGGCACUCCCACACCCGUCGGGCGAUGAACAUCGCAAGGAGAAGAGGCUUUUACAGACAGGAGGUGAACAACACCCUCUGGGAGCUACCCAGGAGAUACUCAUCCCUCCACCCGUUGGGGUCUGGAGCCUACGGCUCAGUGUGUUCAGCCAUAGACAAGAAGACAGGGGAGAAAGUGGCUAUCAAGAAACUCUGCCGCCCAUUCCAGUCAGAGAUCUUUGCCAAGAGAGCAUACAGGGAGCUGAUGCUGCUGAAGCACAUGCAACAUGAGAACGUCAUUGGGCUGCUUGAUGUCUUUACCUCCACUGCCUCCUACCAGGGAUUCCAGGACUUCUACCUGGUGAUGCCAUACAUGCGGACAGAUUUACAGAAGAUCAUGGGACAUGAAUUCAGUGACGAAAAGAUCCAGUACCUGGUCUACCAAAUGCUGAAAGGGCUGAAGUAUAUUCAUUCAGCCGGCAUCAUACACAGGGACCUGAAGCCAAGUAACCUGGCUGUGAACGAAGACUGUCAGCUAAAGAUUUUGGAUUUUGGCUUGGCCAGACAUGCUGAUGCUGAAAUGACUGGCUAUGUGGUUACACGAUGGUACAGAGCCCCAGAAGUCAUCCUGAACUGGAUGCAUUACAACCAGACAGUGGAUAUCUGGUCUAUUGGCUGUAUUAUGGCAGAAAUGCUGACUGGGAAAACGCUGUUUAAAGGAAAAGACUACCUGGAUCAACUGACUCAAAUCCUGAAAGUAACGGGACACCCAGGAGAAGACUUCUUGGAGAAGCUGGAGGAUAAAGCGGCUAAGAGUUAUAUCAAGUCCCUUCCUAAAAUCCCCAAGAAGGAUUUGUCUGUGCUUUUCCCUAAAGCAAAUCCUCAGGCUGUGGACCUGCUUGACAAGAUGCUGCAGCUUGAUGUGGAAAAGCGCCUUACAGCCACAGAGGCAUUGGCUCAUCCCUUUUUUGACCAGUUCCGAGACGCUGAGGAGGAGACAGAAGCACAACAGUCCUAUGAUGAUUCCCUGGAACAUGAAAAGCUUUCAAUAGAUGAGUGGAAAACAAAGAUCCCUUCAGCUCUUCAGGUGGACUUUUUUUGCCUCUCUCAUUGGUCUCUUCCAACUCGUACCUGUCAGUGAAUACCUCCUUUCUACACAUAUAACAUUCAAGCUUUCAUUUGGGUCCUCUAAAAUCUCACAUUCAUGGUUAUUUUGUUAUGUUUUUCAAGAGCUUAUUUACAAGGAGAUCUUGUCCUUCAGUCCCAUUGCACGGAAGGAUUCCAAGAAGCAAAGUGGGAUGUCAUUAUAGUGACUGAUGCAGCUGUGGCUGGGAUUCACUUCUCCUUGAUGACAGAUGGGAUUUAUUCCACACUGCCUUGCUGGUGGCCAUCGUUUGGCCUGUGGGACUUCUCUGUGUGCCAACACAAGGAUGGCACUACGCUGUGGGUAUUGAACUUUGUUCUACCAAAAGGGAAGCACUCCAGAGAGUUUUCAACAUAAAAGAUAAAUAUAGUCUUGUUGAAACUUUAAGUGGGAGAAUUUUACCUGAUGCGGGUUUUUUUGUUGUUUUGUCUGGUUGGUUUUUGUUUGGUUUUGUUGGGUUUUUGUUUGUUUGGGGUUUUGUUUGUUUGUUUUUACCCCUGUAUUUGUGUAUUUGUCCACUUGAGAGAGAAGGGGUUUCAUUCUUUCUCAUUAGUCUUUUCAAGCACAGGGUUUAGUACAAUAAGGUAAAGAAAAAGUUAAAAUUGAUUGGGAAGUGAGUCCCAAGCAAAACGACCAGAAAGAGUGACAUUCAGCAUAACAAAACUUAAUCCAAUCUAACUCUGACUGUGUCCUCCUUCCCUGAGCAGUUACACUGCAUCCAGCAUAGCAAGGCUGCUAGGAUAGUGUCAGCUUCAGGCCACCGUGGGAAUGCAGUUGAUCAUGGGAUCAGUCUGUGUUCAGAGCAGCUCCAAACUCAUGCUAUAACUCUGCUCAGGAUCUUCCCCUCUGGAGAGCCACUGCCGCUUCCUCUCCCCUUUCCCCUUCCUCCUCCCCCCACCCCCGCUUGUUUCAUUCCCUGGGUUUUGAUUAGUGCUGUCUCCUCACUGCUAGUUGCAAGCACAGCCUGGGAAUUCAAAGCUGCUUCCCAUACUGGUAGACUGGGUAUCCCAAGGAGCUAUACAACUUAGUUUGAAGAUGAGUCUGCAGGAAGUUUUCCAGCCUUUGCUGAAACUGGUGUAUCUGCAGGUCCAUGGCUUAUUGAUACAGUCAUUAGACAGUUCAGUGCCAGGCAGGUACAUCUGUUGGUUGUGAUAACCCCUUUGUACUGCAACAUCUUCCCUAUGAUGAUCCGUCAGGUUCAGCCAGUCAUUCCAAAGUCCAUCCCAAGGGAUUAGAGAAAAGUGUCUUCUCUUCAAGUAUCAGGGCUCAGAGCACAUAGUCCCCAGGGCUAGAGAAAAGUAUUUGUUGAGGGGGCCUGUAAACACAGUAGUACAUGCAGUGUUUCUCAGAUCUCCUCCUCUUCUGUAGCCGCUGAGUUAUUUUGGUUUGGUUCAGCGACGUUGCUUUCAGUACUCUCUAAUUUUCUUAAGUAAUGUUUGGUUUUGCUGUACAGACCUCAAGGAAGGGAAAACUGCAACAUUACCAGAAUUUUCUGAUCUCUCUUCACUGGGAACAGGAAACUGUUGUUGUGUUCCUUGGCAGUCUCUCUGUUGCAGCUCAUGCCAUGCACCACUUGGGAUAACCCUUCAGUGCCUGCAGCUUUUUGAUAGGACAGUAUUGAUGUUAUCCUGCUGUAGCUGCACAGAUGGUCCCUGCUGAUAGGAUGUGGUUUCUCUUGCCUCAUAUCUCUCUGGAUCAUUGUACAAGCCUUUUGCCUCACUUGUCUCUUAAGUAGGGACUUCUUGCUAAGUGUGAGAUGACCUGCAUUUUCCUUGAAUGGCCAGAGGGAGAAGUUCUAGCUGCAUCUGUCAAACAGCAAUUGGAAUAUUGUCCUUUUGAACCUGGUGUCUGACUUGGCUGCCAUGUUUGAGGUGUCUUGGCUGCUGCUUUCAUUUGAAGCAACAUCACUCGUUUGGCACUUGUACCCUUUAAAAACUAGGAGAGCGAAGAAAUUGAAUUAACUUGCCUCUGGGAGUUGAGAGAAGUUCAGAAUUUUUGUGGUUUUUUUUUUUUUUGAAGUAACACAGUAGUUCCCCAGCUUUAAUAUAAAACUAAACGACAGAGAACUUGUUUUGAUGUUGGAACACAUGGUCCCCAGUCAUCAGAGAUGUCUGGACAUCUCUGUGCAUGAGUCAUCCUACUGAACUUAUUAUGGAACCUAAUGUGAUUAUAAUAAGCUAACUCCAGCACAAAUCUAAGAGUAUAAAGUUUCAAAACUGGGGUCAAAAUGAAAGUUUGCAAAAGUUCAUCAUAUUUAAGAAAGACACUAAAAGUGCUAAAAAAAAAAAAAUAAAGUAAACCCCACUGUUAAAGUUCUCACAUAAAGAAGGAAAAUCAUAGAAUCUUAGAAUGGCCUGGGUUGGAAGGGAGCUUAAAGAACCACUCCUUCUAAUCCCCCUGCCAUGGAUAGGGACACCAUCCACUACACCAGCUUUCUCAAAGCUACAUCUUACCUGGUCUUGAAUACUUCCAGGGAUGAGGCAGCCACAGUCACUCUGGGCAACCUGUGCCAGGGCCUCAUCACCCUCACAGAGAAGAACUUCUUUCCUAAUACCUAAUCUAAACCUACUCUCUUUUAGUUUGAAGCCAUUCCCCCUUGUCCUGUAAAAAGUCUCCAUCUUUCUCGUUGGCUCUGUUCAGGUACUGGAAGGCCACAAUGAGGUCACCUGCAGCUUCUCUUUUCCAGGCUAUAUACUGUUCUCUCAGUCUUUGAAGUUGCUCAUCACUUAUUGAAAUGAUUUUAUUUAUUGUUUAACUAGGAAGCAAAUGCAUCUAUAGAUUGUGGUUUAGAUUUUUUUAAUCCUUCAUGGCUAGGACCAUACUGUUGCACAACUGUUUUUUGGGGGUUAAGUGAGAUCCUGUGUAAAACAGUGAGAGUAUUGGGACUUUAUUUCUAAAUCUUUGAUACAUUAUUUUUCAUGCAGGACAAGAACAGAUUAUUAUUUAUUUUCAAGUUCUGAUACAGGAAUCGUAGAUUUGUAAAAAAGCAUACACUUUAUGUACAUAGUAUACACUUAAAAGGAGACAUGUAAGAUUGUUCAGCAGUAACGAACAUGUUUUCCCAUGCUUUUAAAGCUUCAAAAAGCUCUAGUCCUACCUGAGACUUUGCAAAACAGGCUUGUCAUAGACUGGCUGCUCUCAGAUUCCACGGUUAACAUACCUUAAGAGACAAAAGAUCUAAAGUUGGACUGUACAUGAGAGAAAACAGCAUUUUUUCCUUCUAAGAUAGUUAAUUCUAUAAAUUCAGAUGGUAAUAUUAUGCAAUACUCUGCACAGAGUGGGAGGUGGAGCAUACAUAUGCCCAAGUAUGUGGUACACUCUAUAAAAAGUGUGGGAGCCUCUGCAGUUCCUUUCUCCCCACUUAGCUGCAAAUUUAACUUCUUGCUUGUUCAUUCCUCUCCGUCCUUGUACCCGCUCACACUUCUGCACGUUAGGAGGCCUUCUGGACCUUAAGUGUUGGUCUAGAAAAUAAAUACAGGCUCUUACUAUUUA